AUGGAUAAACAAAUGAUGAACAAAGGCGGAAAGGUCUUAGAGUGCCCCAUCCUAAUCGCGGCGGCAACGCCCCUAGCGCCUCGGGUGGAGUGCUCCGUGUUUGGCUGCCGCAGCUCUGACCGUGACCGUGUCAGCUUCCACCCGCUGCCACAAGAUCCUGACAGACGCAGUCAAUGGCUGAAGCUCAUCAACAGACAAGACCUCGACGACAAGCUCCGCUCCGGGCAUCACGCCGUGGUGUGCUCCAUACAUUUCUUACCUGAACAAAUUGUCAACGGGGUAUUGGCUCCUAUCGCUCUACCGUCGCUGUUACUGCCCACAACGAAACAUCAGUUCGUAUUAGACGGUACUGCAGGUCUGUUGUCACAACCACUGAAAACUGAGGUCGAUCUCGAGAUCGAAAUCAAAUCUGAACCAGAGGCCGCUCCAGCCAGUAUGUUUGUCGAGAAAUCUCAACCAUCACCGGGCCAGGCUGAAAUUAAAAGUAUACCAAACAUACAAGUGUUUCAACAUACAACACAAACAAACAGUACAGGCCAAAUGUCAGUACCAAAAUUCAACACAGCACCGAUUUUGUUUACAAAACUAACAAAUCUGACUCCAGGGCUCAUAGUACCUCAACAUACUCCGAGACUUGUACCAAUUGACGCUACAAAAGUACCAUUUAAUCUAAGACAAAGAUUGAACGCAGCACAAACAUCAGUGAACGCAACACAAACAUCAGUUAACACAACACAAACAUCAGUGAACGCAACACAAAUACCAUUAAACCCAUUACAAAUAUCAUUCAACCCAACACAAAUGUCAUUUAAUCCAACACAAAUAUUAAAAGCAACACAAGUACCAAUCAAAACUCAAGUAGCACAUGAAAAUAGACUCAAAAUGACUAAAAUACGCAACAUACAAGAAUCGCCCGAACCAACUUAUUUAGACCACCAAGUCAAUAUUGGAACUCAGACCGAUAAGAGAGAUGCUUUGUACAGAAUAGCAACAUACUCCGCUGUAGAACAUAUCAAUAUACCACCUCCUGAAGAUAAUAGACUGACAGAUAUAAUAAACAGAUCAGUCGCUUCACAAACUCCUCCAGAAUUAGUAGAAGUAUUUAUUGAAGAUGUGAAGCAGAAGCUUGGAAAAGAAUUGGACGAAGCCAAUAAGAAGUUACAUGAAGUUGAAAACCCAACUAUGGAAAAGACGCAGUUUCUAAAAGGAUGCGAUAAAUAUUUAGACGAGAAGAUAGCUAAUUUCGUUAAAUCUCAUGCGUAUCUGUCUAACAAGUUUGUUGGAAAUAAGUACCCAAUGGAUUUUAAGAUUUUUGCCCUCAAAUUGUACUUAUGGAAUCCUAAAUCUUAUAAAUUCGUUGAGAAAUUCUUCGAUUUGCCGUCUAAAGAUUGUAUAAAACGGUUCAGAAUGCCGAUGAGAAGUGGUAUUAACCACAGCCUAAUGGAGGCUCUGGAAGUUAAAACAGAUCAAAUGAGUGUAUUGGGUAGACAGUGCGUCGUGUGUUUUGAUGUUAUCCAGUUAAAAAAGAAUCUAUAUUAUGAUGUGGGGGUUGAUUAUCUGUGUGGACUGGAAGAAAUAGAUGGCGUUGUUGGAGAGAAGCAAGCGGAAUAUGCUGUUUUAAUUGCAGCUAGAGGACUUUAUACUAGAUGGAAACAACCAGUGUCCUUCGCUUUGGUGUCUGAGAAGCGAAGACAUCCAGAGAUACAAGCAUGGCUGCAUAAAACCAUAGAGUAUCUCUUCGAUAUGGGUUUAAAUGUCAAGGCACUAAUAACAAGCGUCGAUGAGGAAUUUCUAGAUUAUCCUAAAGAGCCUUAUUUUAAAGUAAAAGAAAGAAAAAUUUAUAACAUAAUUGACUUUCCAGAUCUUUUAAAAACCGCUAGAGAUGAAUUAAUUGAAAAUGAUUACCAUAUAGGCAGCUCUGUGGUUAAAUGGAAGCAUGUUCUAAAUGUCUACGAUUCUGAUAAGACACAGGAAUUGAAAGUACUGUCAAAUCUGACAGAAAAACAUGUCAGACCUGACAAAACGUCAAAAGAUGAUGUUAAAGUGCCCACGCAACUUUUUAGUAGCGAUUUAGCUGCCGCUAUGCAUUUUUAUGUAGUCGGUCGCUUGCAAAAUAAAGAAAUUAAAGCUACAGUUCAAUUCAUGAAAAAUAUGAAGGAAUUACACGAAAUAUUGUAUUCAAAAAGUUUAUCAAACGCUUAUAAAUCAACGACAGCUCAAAAUAAAUUCUUGAACGAAAUUAUAGAAUAUUUGAAAACAAUACAAGUGAAAAAUACGCAUGGGAAUGUUAUUGAAAGUAAAUUCAUCGCUGGACUGAUAUUUACAGUCAAAUCUAUAAAGUCUUUGGCAGUAGAUAUAAAGAAAUCUAAUGUAAAAUAUUUACUAACAAGAAAUCUUAGCAAAGAUUUUAUGCAAGACUAUUUCAAAGAUGUCAAACUUGUAUCUGAGCCCCCGACUCCUAUUGCAUUUACUAGAGGAUUCAGGAAACUAUUUCUGGGUAAUAUUUUGAGUAACACAAAAAAUACUGCUACUGGGGAGGAUAUGAUGGGAACUUUAGGUAAAAUAUCUGAAUAUGUCAAAGCAGAUAUGGAUAAAAAGGAGGAAACAGAUGAAGCUAUACGUUUAUGUAUAGGUGUGAACGAUUAUAAGAUCCCGUGGCCUUCAAAUGAGUACAUAGCUGGAUAUAUUCUGGGCAAGUGUCUUGAAAAACAUACAUGUGAGAAGACUGUUAAAAAUAUAUGUGAUUAUUACGAUUUAGAAACACAAAGCCGUGAUAUAUUGAUAAAGAUGUUUCAAUUUUAUAAUGGUGAUAAUGUUGAUAAAUUAUCUAAUAUUCGGCCUCCUGUACAAUUACUGGAAUUCGUAAAUUUAAUGGAAAAGAGAUUUAAUGAAUACUACAAAAGUGCGAAGGAUAAUAUGAAUUUUGGUUGGAACUUGUAUUCUAUUAUAGAGAAAGAUUCCUUUAAGAUGCCGUGUGAAUGUUUUCCCAAUAAGUUUUUGAGAAUGCUGUACAUUCGACUUAAGAUAUUCAGUAGUGUUAAACAGUAUAAUAAGAUUAACAAAAAAAGAUGAAUGGUUUAUUUAAAUAAAAUGAAUAUUUGGUA